CAACAACAUCGUAAUUUCAAUAGAUCUUUGUUUUAAUAUGGUUAUAUUCUUUGAUAACGUCGGAAAAAUAAUAAUAUUAAAAGUGAUAUUACUGUUUUAUAUCAAAUUUUCUUUAUGAACAUACUUUUUCAAACAUAAUUUUACCACAACAUGGUACAUGAUUUUUUAACUAACUAUUCACCAUGGUUAGAUAUGUUGAUAUGGAACUUGAACAUACCUCUGCAACUUCGAUUAAGAGAAAAUAAGAAAAAUGAUUUUGUUGAAAGAGGUCACAAGGUCAACGAAACAGUUCUUUUAACAUAUAUGAUACUAAUUUGGACUAUUUUAUAUUCAAUCUACAAAAAGUGCCUUAAUGUACAUCUUAGGAAUUUAGGCUAUGCAUUCAUACGAAGGAACAGAAUUUCAAAUACCAUUUGGACUUGUGGUCUCAACACAGUUAUUAUUUUAUAUACAGUAUUUUUAUGGGAUACCAUUUUGAAGCCAGAAUUAAAUGUUAUCAUGUUAAAAAGCCUUUAUAUACAUUAUACUGGAAUCAUAAUUUUAAUUAAUAAAAGUUGGUUGAAAGGAUUUUCAAAUGCAAUGUUGAUAUUGUUUGUAUUUGGUAUUUCUCGAUCCAGUUUAAAGUCUCCUGUUACUAGUAUUUUUUUACUUACAACAAUAGAUGUGCUAAUUCUGGACAUUUGUAAAAUUAUGUAUUUAAAAUGGCCUCAGAAACUUCAUCAAACUUAUACUAAGACUUUGUACAUUAUAUACUGUCUAUUAUGGACUUAUUUAUACAUGGUACAUGUUCCAAUUAACUUAUUGUUGCCUUAUAAAUAUCAAUUCAUACACGAACAAUUAUACCUCUGGCUUUGGUUUAUUACACAGUAUUUCAGUUUCGUUUUAUUAGACUUGAUAAGGAACUUUACAUCAUCAAGAUUAUUAGAACUAUGCCUUUUUCCAAAUCCUUCCACAGAAUCAAUUCACUUAAGAAAAAUUUUUAAUUCUUAUAAAGAAAUGAAAAACAGUACGGGAAAAGAGAGUGUAGCUGCUAAAAAAGAAUUAUGGCAAACUUUAAUGUGUGCGAUGACAAUGAAGAAGAAAUUAAAUAGAUUAAGGAAAUCUAAACAAGCAAAAGAGAAAAAUUUGUUUGAACAGGAAAAUCUAAACAACAAAAGUAAAUGAUCCUACUAGUUAUUUUAUUUAUUUAGAGGAAAUAAAUAUGUAAAUAUACACUAAUAUUUUUGUAAAUAAAUGCGUAAAAAUUAAAUAUUUUAAAGUUUGCAAAACCUGUAAUUCUCUGUGUAAAGGAAAUACGAGUAACUAAAAGUUUUUAAAGGUGACAUAACAGUUUAU